AAAUCUUGAUCAAAAUCUUGAUCAAAAUAAUAAGAAAGUAGAUCAUGCCAGAUUUACUGCUGCGUUGUCUCUUGCUAAAAUUGGUGCAAUGGCAGCAGCAGCAAUACCUACACUUAAAAAUACACUUUAUUUCGAUUCAAAUCGAUAUGUUAUUGCUAAUGCAUUAUUGGCUUUAGAACGAGUCGAAACACGUGAUGCAUGGUCGAUCGUUUUGGAUUAUCUCAAAUUGUCGAGAUGGUGCCCCAAAACAUCACCUAGUAGCCCUUAUUAA